AUGUGUGCUGCAGUUGGGAAACAUGGCCAAUGCCUCCAAACAUUCAAAACACGCAAUAGAAUUGGUUAUAACAAGGGUUUCGACAUCGGACCUGCAAGACCGUCUCUGAGAUGGAAAAGUUCUCAGAGUUCGCAACAGCAUUUUGCAACUACAAUUUUUUCCGGAAUACAACCCACGGGUGUGCCGCACCUAGGAAAUUACCUUGGUGCUCUGCGUGAGUGGGUUAAAAUACAAGAUACCGCCACCACUGACACUAAGUUAAUAUUUUCCAUUGUCGAUUUGCAUGCAUUAACGGUGCCUCAACAAGGGCACCAACUGAGGAAAUGGAGAAGGGAGGCAUUUGCAACGUUGAUAGCCGUUGGUUUAGAUCCCAAACGUUCGACAAUAUUCUAUCAAUCUGCCGUUCAUCACCAUGCUGAGCUAUUCUGGAUUCUGAGUACUGUAGCAUCUACGGGUUACCUAUCUCGGAUGACUCAAUGGAAGAGCAAACUUCAACUGCCAGAAGACACUACCUUGGAAAAUGCAGAGGUUCGGUCGAAGCUACGCCUCGGACUUUUUUCAUAUCCAGUGCUCCAGGCUGCGGAUAUCCUGGUUCAUAGAGCUACCCAUGUUCCAGUCGGAGAGGACCAAAGGCAACAUCUGGAAUUCUCCAGGAAUACCGCAAAUAGCUUCAACCACCUCUACGGAACAGUAUUCCCGUCUCCGGAAGCACUGAUUUCUCCCGCAAAGAGAGUGAUGUCUCUGAAGGAACCAACGCUCAAAAUGUCAAAAUCUCAUGUUGACGAACGUUCAAGAAUCACACUCACAGAUUCCCCCGAGGACAUUCGGCAAAAGGUUAAAGCUGCACUUACAGACUCGGAGCCUGGCAUAACCUAUGAUCCGAUUUGCCGGCCAGGUAUAUCCAACCUCAUAGAGAUCCUAAGCCAUCUCGAAGAAAACUCGUGCUUCGAAAUCGCAUCACGGUACGAGUCGGCGAGUCCACGAGCUCUCAAGGAGCACCUGUCAGAAAGAAUCUGUGACGCAUUAUCUCCGAUUAAAGAGAAGUUCAAUGCCACUAUCUCAGACGGCCGUAAUUUAGACGUCAUUUCAGAGGAAGGAGCCCAGAAAGCACGUGCCAAUGCCGAGAUCACUAUGAAGAAGGUCCGAGAAACUAUGGGGCUAUGA